AUGCAGCCAUGUGACCAAAACUGGACCCACGUAACAGAGUUUGCUACGCUGGGCUUUGCCGAGGUGCACGAAAUGCGCCUUCUCUUCUUUACUCUCCCCCUCACUAUGUACCUGUUCGCCCUGGUGGAGAAUUUGGCCAUCAUCCUGGUUGUGGGUUUGGACCACCAGCUACGUAGACCGAUGUACGUCUUCCUGACACACUUGUCCUGCCUUGAAAUCUGGUACACUUCAGUCACAGUGCCCAAGAUGCUGGCUGGUUUUACUGGGGGACACGGGGGCAAGAAUAUCUCCUAUGCUGGAUGUCUGUCCCAGCUCUUCAUCUUUACCUUCCUUGGGGCAACGGAGUGUUUCCUACUGGCCGCCAUGGCCUAUGACCGCUACGUUGCCAUCUGUAUGCCUCUCCGAUAUGGGGCCUUGGUGUCCUGGGGCAGCUGCUUCCAUCUGUCAGCUGCUUGUUGGCUGGUUGGCUUCCUCACCCCCAUUUUGCCCAUCUACCUCAUGUCCCGACUGACAUUUUGUGGCCCCAAUGUCAUUGAUCACUUCUUCUGUGAUGUUUCACCCCUGCUAGCCUCGUCCUGCUCGGAUGUCACCCUGAAGGAGACCACAGACUUCCUGGUCUCUCUGGCUGUGCUCCUGACCUCCUCCACAGUCAUUGCUGUGUCCUAUGGCAACAUUGUCUGGAUGCUGCUGCAUAUCCGCUUGGCUGCCGAGCGCCGGAAGGUCCUCUCCACCUGUGCAGCCCACCUGACUGUGGUGAGCCUCUUCUACGGCACUCUCUUCUUUAUGUAUGUCUGGACCAAAGUGGCCCCUUCCAUCAACUUCAACAAGAUGGUUUCUGUCUUCUACUCCAUCGUCCCUCCAAUGCUCAACCCUCUCAUCUACACUCUUCGAAACAAAGAGGUGAAGGGAGCUCUGGGCAGAGCCUUUUCCUUCAGGUCUUGGAAAGGUCAGUGA